AUGGAGUUUGAACGUGCGCUGUUUCGCAUUCAUCAGAAAGCCCUUCUGACUGAACCUUUGCGGCGAUUCCGGCUCCAACUUGAAUCAAUUCUGCCUGCAUUCAUUGCAGUGCAAGUUGUUGUCCUAGCCACACUACACUGGUACUACGUUGGUCGGUCAUCUUGCCUGCCUGACGUCUUCAGACAUGCUGGUCUUUGGAACGACACUGUGGCAGAGCCCAUCUUACCGGAAGACUCCCUGAUUCGCUUGACGCUGAGCAAUGGAGAUGGUCUCAUUGGCAUGACGCUGAUGGAGCACAGGGCUCCGACUGCAGGAGCUCUGGCGAAGAGUGAUGGCUUUCAAGUGAAAGAGGAGAAUCGUUCCUCUGUUGGCCCCGGCCGUCGCUUUGAUGCGAAGAGCAUCUUUGGCAGCUACAGAUUCGCACUGGACCGGGAGCUGGUACAGAUGAGGAAGAGUGUUUUUGAGAAGCACGACUUCCCAGUGCACAAUAUCUCCAUUGCAUCAAGUUGUCUCGUACCUUUUGGUCCUUUGGCAGACGCCUUUCAUCUCUUCGAUGCAUGGGACGGCCUGGUCAUUAACGAGCUGGCCUACGGCCUGCGAAGUCGCGGCUAUUUGGAGCGAAUGGACGAAGACAACGUGGUGGAAGCAUGGGCAUGGACUGAGGAGCAGGUGGAAUCACCUCUUCAAGGAUCUUUUCUGUUCGCCUUCUUUCGCAAAAAUAUGCUUCUUCUCAGCGCGACGUUGUCCUUUUGCCUAAUCUCCGCAAUCACAGGGCUCUUCAUCCGUAUUGCUGUCCAUGGGUCCGCAGUGCUGAUGUUCCCACUUGCUCUGACCGCACAAUACUUCGGCAUGAGCAACAGCCGGAUGUCGCUGAAUGUCUUGGCACGGAGCUUUCCAUGGAUUGGCAUCCAUGUGGAUGUUCUACGCACAGGGGGUCGAAGGAUGUGGCCACUCUUCAGAUCUCAUAUGUUGUUUCUCCUCAUUCAGUCCUUUGCAUACCUUAGCUGCAACUUGGCGUGGCGCUUCUUGGUCUAUCGAAAGUCUUCUCCAGAAGGCUUUGAGGAAAAUAUCUUCAGCCUGUGUUCCCUUGUUGAGCUUUUCAAUUUGAUCUUCGUACGAUCUGUGCAAUCAGCUAGCCUUUAUCCCAAAGUGGUGACGGCUUCGCUGGUCUACCUCCACUUCUACAUUUUUGCUCUUUGUACCCAUUUCACAACCUGGCAUUCAUUGCUUGCUGCUCCUUGUGCUGCUACGCGAUGGUCUACUGUUUGA